AUGGCCAACUUGAGUGAUGUUGCAUGCAGACUCUCUUGCAAGGUUUGGUUUUGGUGCAUGUUCUUGGUGGCUAUAGCGGGAGGGGAGGAUGUUUUCCUAGAGUGGCAUGUUGCUCUUGAUACAACAAUUAAACCAAUUAUUUCAGUCAAUAAGCCUGUUAUUACCAUCAACGGCUUGUUUCCGGGACCUCUUCUGAAUUCUACCACGAAUGAUAUUGUUCAUGUUAAUGUUUUCAACCACUUGGACGAACCUUUGCUCAUGACAUGGAAUGGCAUUCAACAACGGCUGAAUUCAUGGCAAGAUGGAGUUUCGGGGACCAACUGUCCAAUACAGCCCGGACAAAAUUGGACGUACGAUUUAAAAAUGAAGGAUCAGAUUGGCAGUUUCUUUUACUUCCCCUCAACGAAUUUCCAAAAGGCCGCGGGAGGGUUUGGCCCAAUUCGAAUCAAUAAUCGCAUUGUAAUCAGGGUGCCAUUCCCUAAACCCGAGGAUGAGUUCGAUCUUCUCAUUGGCGAUUGGUACAAUCAGAGCUACAAGGAGGUUAGAUCCCAAUUGGGCUCUUCGUCGGGCCAACAUAAUACUCCCACUUGGAUUCUUAUCAACGGAAAAGGCCCUUUCGGCAAUCCACUUACAGUAGCCCAUGAAUCGUUCACCGCCUCCCCAGGAAAAACAUACCGAUUUAGGAUUUCGAAUGUUGGCACAACAUUCAGCUUGAAUUUCAGAAUCCAGAAUCAUAAGCUGCUAUUAGUAGAAACUGAAGGCUCCUACACCGACCAAAUUCUGCUGGACUCUCUUGACGUGCAUGUGGGCCAGUCUUACUCUGUUCUCGUCACGAUGGACCAAAAUGUUGCGGAUUACUACAUAGUGGCCAGCCCGAAAUUGGUAGAUGAGACUAAUCAGGCCUCGCUCGUGGCUGUUGCAGUUCUGCAUUAUAACGGCUCCAAUACACCUCCAAAUGGGCCCCUUCCUAAAGGUCUUGAUCCCUUUGACAUUCUGUCGUCCAUGCACCAAGCAAAACAGAUCAGGUGGAAUUUGACAGCAGGAGCUGCAAGGCCUAAUAGUCAAGGCUCAUUCAACAUAUCUAAAGCCACAAUAUCCCAAAACUUCAAUCUUCAUGGAGGACUAGCUGCGGAGUUUAAUGGCAUUCUUGGCUACACAGUAAAUAAUGUGUCAUAUCUCACUCCAGACACUCCUCUGAAACUAGCUGAUUAUGCUCUAAAUGGUUCUGGUGUUUAUUCUCUUGAUAAAUAUCCUGCCAACUACACCUUUCCCCUCACUGUUAAGGGAACAUUUGUGGUUAGUGGGAUUCACAAAGCAUAUGCUGAAAUUGUAUUUGUCAAUAAUCAUGAAGCAAUAGACUCUUGGCACCUGGAUGGAUUUGGAUUCUGGGCUGUUGGGUAUGGAAAUGGAAGCUGGACUCCACAAUCGCGUACUGAAUAUAACAUCAUCAAUCCAGUAGUUCGUUCUACAGUUCAGGUAUACCCUAAAGGAUGGACAGCAGUUUAUGCGUAUUUAGAUAAUCCAGGGAUGUGGAACUUGAGGUCGCAGAUUUUGGAAUAUUGGUAUUUAGGACAAGAGCUCUAUAUUAGAGUGUAUGACCCUGAUCCCAAUCCAGCAAAAGAACGGCCUCCCCCAGAAAAUCUACUCUAUUGUGGGAAGGUGCAUACACUUCCAUCUGUAUUUUCUGUACCAGCUCCUCCACCCCUAUCUUUCCAGUUGACACCACCAGCUCCAGAAAGGGAUAGUGCAGCAACACCAAAUCCACAGAAAUCCGGCACAACAACUUUGCAUAUUCAUCGGUUUCUGUUGCUUGUUGGCCUUCUCAUGGCUUUGUGAAUGGAAGUUUCAGUAGCCCGUACAUAGCCGCACCAAACGAUUUUACUAUUGAAGAUUUAUUACUGAGGGGUCAAAAGAUUUACUGCUGAAUUGAUAUUGACAUUUAUGUCCCGAUGAAGAUUUACUACUUAGUGUCUAAAAG